GGAUUGGUGGAUUCGUGUGUCCGUCUACACUUUGUGUGAAACUAACCAAUGAACACUCGGGAAAUCACUAAGGACCUACCCACCACCGUAAAACUACUACAGUUCACGCAGUCGAUACCGGAAAGGCUUGAAAAAAUGGCGGGUAGACGCAGAACAGCAGAAGUUGUUGUUGUUUUGGAAAAGAGCGAUGAGGAGGAAGUAGGUGCGGAGUCCGAAGUGUCCGACUACGACGAUGAAGAGUAUCGUUUUAGAAGCAGUGAAGAGGAUGACGGAUCUUCAGAGCUUGAGGGGUUUGAUUCGGAUUAUGAAGAGGACUACGAAAAUAACUGGGAUCUAUUUGAAGAUGAAUCACCAUCACCACAACCUCCACCAGAGAAAAGGGCCCAUACCCUCAAAGUAGAACCUCACUCACGGCCAUCGUCCCCUACACAGGAGGCGGCUCUGCUGUCGUGGAUGACAGCGGAGGACCCGGACAUCACUCCCCAUGUCUCCAGAUUUCAGCCAGCUCGGUCACCAGGCCCGCAGCUCAACUCCAACUCCACACAUACACCCCUCGAUCUCUUCAAACUUUUCUUUGACGUAGAAACAGUACAAACACUGUGUAAAAACACAAACAAGCAGGCUGCUAAAAUGAUUAAACAGGGAAAGAAGUACGGAUGGACAGACUUGCAGGUAGAGGAAUUCUACAGGUUCGUUGGGCUGCUUCUCUACAUGUCCAUAGUAAAACUGGACAGAAUUGCUGAUUACUGGAGGCAGAACCACCUCUUCUCUCUGCCUUUUCCAGUAGGGAUCAUGACACGGGACAGAUACAGGACAAUAUCCUGGAACCUUCAUCUUAGUGACCCAGAUGAGGAUGUCUGUAACAACAGGAAGAAAGGCACAGCUGAACAUGAUAGACUCUUCCAACUAAAGCCCCUGCUGAACACCAUAAGGACUGCAUGCAAGUCAUUUUAUCAUCCCCACAGAGACCUCACUGUGGAUCAGAGGAUGGUGGCCUCCAAGGCUAAAAUACCAGUAACCCAGUAUUGGAGGGCAAAACCCACAAAGUGGGGAUUCAAGCUGUUUGUCUUAGCUGACGUGAGGAAUGGCUACACUGUGGACUUCUCCAUUUACACUGGCAAAAGUGACGUCUCCUCCCAACAUGGCCUGGCCUAUGACGUCGUCAUGUCCCUCAUGAAACCAGAAUACCUUGGCUCAGGCUUCCACAUUUACAUGGCACAGUUUUUAUUCUAGCCCCAAGCUCUUCAGGGCUCUCCAUGAGAAGACAUUUGCUGCCUGCGGGGCUUACAAGAGGGACUGCAAGGACUUCCCUCAGACAGGUGAGAACGCCCUCACGAAAAAAUCAGAACGAGGCUCCAUCAGAUGGAUCCGGGACGGACCCAUCGUUUACGUGAAAUGGAUGGACAAGAAAGGAGGUGUCCGUCUGCUCCACGAUUCACCCGGCACACUCCGGUAAGACUGUGCAGAGGAGAGUGAAGCAACAAGAUGGCUCCUGGGCAAAGGUUUCAGUCCCCUGUCCCACACCGGUGAGGGAGUACAAUGAACACAUGGGUGGAACUGAUCUAUCAGACCAGUUCAUUCAGUAUUACUCUGCUCAACAUAAGACCAUGCGCUGGUACAGAUGCCUGUUUUAUCAUUUUGUGGACGUUGCCACCACCAACAGUUAUGUCAUACACAAGGAGCUCUGUAUGGCCUGGCAAACCAAACCCCUGUCACGCAGAGCUUUCAUGGAGGCGCUGAUUGCCGAGCUCUGCGGAAAGCCUCUCCAAAAAGCUUCCCCUCGGGGGCCCAAAGGUCAUCUCCCCGUGGCCAUCGCUGACAUACCGUGCGGCGGGCCCCAGCAGGAAAGCCACGCUGGGUCGCAGGAGUUGUGUGUACUGCCUGAGCCAAGGCAAACGGAAAGUCACGCCGUGGAAAUGCAGGGAAUGUGACGUCUGCCUCUGCCUGCAGCUGGACAGAAACUGUUUUGAAGUAUGGCACAGCAGCUGAAAAGAUGGAGACGGGGUUGUCUGCAGGACAUGUAGAGGAGUUGCUUGUAGCAGGAGGCAUGUCUGGUACUUUCACUGUCUUAAAUGUCUUAGCAGAACAAGAUUUGUUGUCGUGAAAGUGGCAGCAGAUAUACUUUUACCUCUAACUAAAAAUGCACAGUUAACAACAACAGUCUUACCUCUCACCAUGAUGCCAUUUUGUAAGUAAAAAAAGUACAACAAAAGUUUAAUGCGUCUGUGUGAAAAUAGGCAAACACAUUCUGAACCCAAAAAAUAAAUACCUGAUACAGAAAAUCCUGUAAUAAGCUCACAGGAGACAGAAGAAACACCACUUAUUUCACCUUGUAUCUGUUCAGGAACACACUAAAUACAGUAUGUGAACACUUACUAGAGAUGGCAAGUUGAUUUGUGUAUUUGUACACUGUGAAGCCUCCUACAUGAAUACACUGCUUGCAUUUUUCUUCACCUGAGGUGUUUUGUAUUGUACAAAUCUUAUGCUGCUUUAUCUCUGAACAAAAUAAAGAAAAGAGAUUCAAUCUGCUUUUGUCAUUU